AUGGGUCAGACGAUCAACCCUUUCGCCGAAGACAUGAAUCUGAUUGACAGCGAAAUCUAUUUUCACUUCAGGAGAACGUUUAAAAAUUUUUUCGCGUCAAUCGUAUCGUUGAUUAUGGUAUCAUUGAAAACACCACUAAUUCUUCUGGCAAUCCUACCCAUAAUUGUGGUGUACGUGUGGUGUCAACGGCUUUACAUCGCAAGUCUACGACAGCUGCGACACGUGGACACCGGCGCCCGAACACACAUUAUAAGCCAUUUCGCGGAGGUAUACAACGGGACGGCAGUCAUCCGUGCGUUUGGCGCCGACCGUCACUUUUGCCGGGAGUCGCGCCGCCGUCUCGACGCUCACAACGCGUGUCAAUACGCGCUACUCGUGUCCAAACAAUGGCUGGCCGUAUGGCUCGAGCUCUUGGGCUAUAGUAUAGUGUUAUUGUCGGCGGUGUUUGCCGUUGCCUUCAGGCAUACGGUGGACGCCGGUGUGGCCGCUCUGGCCAUCACUUAUGCCGCGAACAUCACUGAUGUUAUGGGAAGGUUUGUGAGGGGAGUGACCGACACUGAUACCGAUAGGAUGGCUGUCGAGAGGUGUUUGGCGUUAACGCAAAUACCGGUUGAGGCCGAGUGGUAUAAAGAGGUAAAACCUGUGACCGAUUGGCCGACAAUGGGUUGCAUUGAGUUCACAGACUAUUGCACUAAAUAUAGAGAGGGUUUGGAUUUAGUGCUCAAAGAUAUAACAAUUGAUUUAAAAGGCCGACAAAGAGUUGCGAUCGUCGGCCGCACCGGCGCUGGAAAGUCGUCCCUCGCGUUGGCUCUCUUCAGACUCAUUGAGCCGACGGCCGGAACCGUUACCAUCGAUGGCGUCGACUGCUCUACCAUUGGAUUACAUGACUUGAGAUCGAGGCUAACAAUCAUACCUCAAGAUCCGGCGCUUUUCAGUGGCUCUUUGCGCUAUAAUUUGGAUCCUUUAGUCCAAUACUCAGACCGCAAGAUAUGGCGGGCCUUAAAGUCGGCACAUCUGAAGACAUUCGUGGAGUCACUGGAAAGAGGUCUCAAUCACGAGAUCGCAGAGAACGGCCAGAAUCUUAGCGCCGGUCAGAAACAGUUGGUCUGUUUGGCCAGAGCUCUACUCCGACGGACUCGGGUUCUAGUGCUGGACGAGGCGACUGCCGCCAUUGAUAUGAAAACUGAUGAUAAAAUUCAACAGAUUAUACGCAAAGAGUUUCAGUUCUCGACAAUCAUAACAAUAGCCCAUCGAUUGAAUACUAUUAUUGAUUACAAUUUAGUUAUCGUAUUAAACAACGGAUCGAUCGCAGAGUCGGGAACACCGGAACAGCUCUUAGCGGACAACACAUCCAUCUUCUACUCGAUGGCCAAACAGGAAAAACUUGUCUAA